UUAUUAGGUCCACGCGUUUUUAUAAAUCUUUUUUGAGAAGAACUUCCAGUCUUCCACAAAGCAUUUUUGCCUCUGAGAGAGCAGCUAGAAGCGUAGAAGCUUGAGUUUAUAUAUGAUUAAAGGCCAUGAAACAGUAGAUCAAAGGAAAGAAGAGAGGACACUAAAGAUUACACAACAAUUCCUUGUAAACUUAGCCAGAAAAAGAUCGAAGAUGACGAAGAAGGCGAGAGCAGAUCUUAACAACUCUCAGUUAGGCUUCCUUGAGCACAAGAGGAAGAAGAAAUGGGUAGAUCAGAAGACUGGCUCUAUUUGCUUCAUGUUGUAUGCAAGGUCACUCUAUGUCACUUGGGGUGCUAAAAGCGAAAACUGGGCUUGGAACUGUUUCAAGGAAACAAGUGAUGAAAACAUUGAAGUAGCCAAACUUGAGGCUGUUUGUUGGUUGGACGUGAGAGGGAAGGUGAACAUGUCGGAGCUGUCGCCGGAGGUUUUGUAUGAAGUUGUGUAUGAAGUAAAGUUGAAAAGAGGUGCUUCUGGUUGGGAGCUUCCCAUAAUACUUAAACUUUCACUACCAGAUGGAAGAAUUCAACAACGACACGUUAGUCUUUUGGAGAAGCCAAGAGGAGAAUGGAUAGAGCUGAGUGUCGGCUGCUUCAAGCUCAAGAAUGGAGAAUCAGGAGAAGUGGGGUUCGAUAUUAUGGAGCAUGGAGGACAUUGGAAAAGUGGACUUAUAAUUAGGGGUGCCAUCCUUAGGCCAUCUCAGAGGAUGAGUAGUACUGAUCUCUGAGUCAAUUAUAUAUGGAAGAUAUAAUAAUGCAAAUGCAUGCUCGAUCGAUCGUUGUUAUUAUUAACAAGAGACGUACGUGCGCUCUGUCAUGUUGUGCUUCAUCGUAAUUAGAUCUUUCUAUUAUGAAUA